AUGGUCACAGCAGCCCUCCUCGGCUCGGGCCUCUUCGCGCGCAACUCGUACCUCCCCGCCCUCCCAGUGCCCGGCUUAACGGUCUCGACCCUCUGGAGCCGGAGCGAGGCCUCAGUCUCAACUCUAGCCCAAGCAGCCUCCGAGCGCGGCCUAAACCCAACCGUACUGUCGGGCGACGACGGGCUUGAUGCAAUCCUCGACAACCCAGACAUAGACGCACUCAUCCUCGUCCUCCCUAUCGGGGUGCAGUCCGCCAUCAUCCGCCGCGCAUGGACAAAGGGAAAACACGUCAUCUCAGAGAAACCAGUGGGACGGAACGUGGAAGAGGCAAAGGAGCUCGUGGAUGAAUAUGAGAGGAUGUGGGCGGAUAAGCUUGUUUGGCGUGUUGCAGAGAACUUCGCCCACGAGCCAUUCCUCCACCGCGCGGCCUCGCUCCUCGCCGAAAGCGGGCCAGUCCUCUACUGGCGAAUGCACUACGAGACCAUUCUCCCCCAAGGCGCAAGCUACCACGCCACGACCUGGCGCACAGUCCCCGACUACCAAGGCGGAUUCCUCCUCGAUGGCGGGGUCCACUGGGCCGCGCUAGCCCGCACAGUCCUCCCAGAGCGGUGUAAGCCAUACUCGAUAAUCGCGAAUAAGAGCCUCCACCGCGCUUACAUGCUCCCACACGACACGCUUAUCGGCAUAGUCCAAUCUGACCCGGCCUCUUCCCUCCCGCCACAUGGAAAGCGAACUCAAUUUGAGGGCACGUUGAAGGAGGAAGAUAUGCCUGUCCAGAGCGGAGAGUCUGCGCCCACUGGGACAUUUUUGUUGUCCUGGGCUAUUCCCGAUACGAACCGCUCCACACGGCCAGCGAACGAACUGUAUGUCGUUUGCGACAAGGCGACUUUACGAGUUAUCAAUAUGGGCCGCGAGUGGAAGAUCAUCCUCGAGCCAGAGGUGGGUGAGAGGGUGGAGGAGGGAGGGGCCGUCUCGGGUGUCAAGGUCGAGUUGGAGGACUUUGCUGAUGCCGUCGCUGCUCGCAAGGAGGGUAGGCCGGAAGGGAAGAACUACGGCGCACCAAGGGAUGCGCUGUGGGAUGUCGCCUUUAUCCAAGCCGCCCUUGAUAGUGACGGGGAAAAGGUCGUGAUUGAUGAUGUGUUGCGGGGCUAG